AAAAAGAUGCUCCACGUGUAUUCGGUUCACCUCUCCCCGGGGCCCCAGUCCCCACCAUCCUCUACACGCUCUCCACCGAAACACGCUUCCAAACCAAGGCGACCCAUCUGGAGAUCCAUCCGGACUCGAGUUGAUUUCUUCCCUCGUAGGAAUGGAGAAGUAUCACAGCAACACUCAAUUUGCAUCCUUCAGUGAUGCUCCGUUUGCUCUUCGUGGUGCUCUGGGUAGCUCAAACUCUAAUCUUAAGCAAGUUAAGGGUUACACAUCCUCUCCCCUAGGUGCUAUGCGGCCAAAGAUGUCUCCAUCCGGAAGCCGACCCCUACACACAAGUUGUCCCCUGUCAGCUCCUGUUGCAAAUCGCCCAUUGUCGCCCCAUCUUCCCUUGAAGAAGCCUCAGCUAAGCGCUACGUUCUCAAUCUCGCAUCGUAUAUUUGGUGUUGCAUUGGGAGCUGCCAUCAUAUCCAUUCCUCUUGCAACCAAGUUUAGCCUCAUGUUUGGAGUUUGAGAGUGACAGCUUGCCUUGAUGAGAAACUGUAUUUCUUUCAGUGAAUGUUUCAUUGCCUGGGUUUAUUUUGCAAUGGUACUGGUGGCACAGUUGGAAUAACCACUUUGUCAUGUCUGCUUGCUUUUUUUGUAAUAACGAAAACCAUGCACUGAAUAGUGUAAAAAGAUCUCACUUUUGAGUA